AUGGUGUCACCUACGGUCAAGCUGAACUCUGGCCAUGAGAUGCCCCUUGUGGGCUUCGGUCUCUGGAAAGUCGACAAUGCGACCGCAGCCGACACGGUCUACAAUGCCAUCAAGGUCGGAUACCGUCUGUUCGACGGCGCCUGCGAUUACGGCAACGAGAAGGAGUGCGGAGAAGGCGUGGCGCGCGCCAUAAAGGAUGGCCUCGUCAAGCGUGAGGAGCUCUUCAUCGUCUCCAAGCUAUGGAACUCUUUUCACGAUGGCGACCGGGUAGCACCUAUUUGCAAGAAGCAGCUCGCAGAUUGGGGACUUGACUACUUCGACCUGUACCUGAUCCACUUCCCCGUGGCCCUCGAGUACGUCGACCCAUCAGUGCGGUACCCACCAGGCUGGUUCGUCGACGACGCCGGCACGGAGAUCCGGCCGAGCAAGGCCACCAUCCAGGAGACGUGGCAGGCGAUGGAGGGCCUCGCGGACGCGGGGCUGGCCAAGAGCAUCGGCGUGUCCAACUUCCAGGCGCAGCUGCUGUACGACCUGCUGCGGCACGCGAGGGUCCGGCCCGCCACGCUGCAGGUCGAGCACCACCCCUACCUGGUGCAGGAGCUGCUGCUCCGGGCGGCCAAGGCCGAGGGCAUCGUCGUCACCGCCUACAGCAGCUUCGGCCCCGCCGGCUUCAUCGAGCUCGACAUGGCCCGGGCCAAGGACGCGGUCCCGCUGAUGGCCGAGCAGACCGUGGCCAAGGUCGCCGAGAAGCACGGCAAGACGCCCGCCCAGGUCCUGCUGCGCUGGGCGACGCAGCGCGGCGUCGCUGUCAUCCCAAAGUCCAGCUCUGAGACGCGUAUGAAGGAGAACCUCGCGUCGGUCGAGUUCAACCUUGACGACAAGGAGGUCGAGGCCAUCUCGGCUCUGGACAAGAACCUGAGGUUCAACCAGCCAACAAACUACUUCCCAACCGAGAAGCUUUGGAUCUUCGGCUAG